AUGGUUGUGGAGUCACCACGUGCCUCACCAGUGCCCUUCCACAUCCAGGUCAUUGCUGUGGUCAUGGACCUCUUCACUGAUGGUGAUAUCUUCCAAGACAUCGUGGAUGCUGCGUCUAAGCGUCGGGUCCCGGUGUAUAUCAUCCUGGAUGAAGCAGGCGUAAAGUUUUUCCUGGAGAUGUGUCAGGGCCUGGAGCUUGCUGACUACCGUAUUCGGAACAUCCGUGUCCGCUCUGUGACAGGUGUUGGCUUCUACAUGCCCAUGGGGAAGGUCAAGGGGACCCUGUCAUCAAAGUUCCUAAUGGUAGAUGGUGAAAAAGUAGCCACUGGAUCUUACAGGUUCACCUGGAGCUCCUCCUACGUGGACAGGAACCUUCUCCUCCUCCUGACGGGGCAGAACGUGGAGCCCUUUGACUUGGAGUUCCGGGAGCUGUAUGCCAUCUCUGAGGAGGUGAACUUGUACCAGGAGCUGAGCCUGGCGGGAGGUGCCGGGAGGCUCAGCCCCAACUACUCCUCCACCGUGGCUCGCAAGCUGAUUAACCCCAAGUACGCCCUGGUGGUUGGCAGCCGCCAUCCGCCGGGCGAGAUGAUGCGCUGGGCCGCCCGGCAGCAGCAGGAGGCGGGGGGCGACCCCGAGGGGCAGGAGGAGGGCAGCAGAGGCGGCGAGGCGGCCCGGCGCCUGGAGAACUUCCUGAGUGACCUGGUCACGCUGGAGCAGGUGCUGCCCCCCGUGGAGCCCGUUCCCUCUGGAGAGCUGAUUCGGAAGGACGGCAGGGCUAUCUCCCACCUGCACAUGGACCUGAAGCCCAAACCCCGUGAGGCGCUUGUCCGAAACGGCAAGGGAGAAGCCGCCAACGGGGAGGCCACUCCAGCCAAGGAGGGCAAGCGCUUUAGCAACAGGUUCUUCAGUCGCCGGGCCAAGAGGCCCACGGCACCCAAUGGCACAGCCAGCUCUCUCUCCACCGAGACCUUUGCGGAAGUGGAGUUUGUGCCGGGGAAGAAGUCCAACGAGGGCUCCAGCGCUGACAUCUCAGGCAAAACGAAUCCCAGUCCUUCCAAGGCCAGCAAUUGCGUGAUCUCCUGA